CUGCGCCCGUUUUUAGCGAGCGAGACAGGUCCGCGCGCGCGUGCGCCGGCGAGGAUUGGAUUGGAACCGUCGCCCGUCGGUCGUCGAUGGGGAUCCACCUGGUGGCGUUCGUGGCGGCGAGGGGCUUCCUGCAGGUGUUCCAGGUGUCGGCGCCGCUGCUGUGGCCGCUCAACCUCUGGCUGCCGCUCGCGCGCCACCUGCCCGAGGCCUGCGCCGCCUUCUACGACGCCCUCGUCUCGCACGCCGCCAGCCUGCGCGCCACCGUCCGGCGCCGCCGACGCGACAGCGGGGACGCCCUCGACGAGUACCUCCGCAGCGCCAUCAUGCUAACCCUCUCCGACUGAGACUCUUGAGCCGAGCGCGCGGCCACCGGCCAGUGCCAGGCAACGGCCAGUACCGGAGGCGGGCGUGCACAGGCCGGCCGCCCGGCGCGCGCUGUGAUGUGAGUAGCCAUAGCUAGGAUCUGUGUUAUCUCGUUUGUUUGUUUGUUUUUCCCUUGGCUCGCUCUUCUUUUGCUGCUUUUCGGUCGGUGCCUAAUCUAGCUAUCUACUACUAGCACUAGCUAGCUAGCAUCUCAAGACUGAGCUCCGUAUGGUCAAUUUGUAAUGCUCGUCUGUGACUGAACUGAAGAACAAGACCAUUUU